UCUGGGCAUUGAUCUCAAGUCCCAAUUGUGAGAACGGAAAAAAUGGCGAUUGCCGCACCUGGGCAGCUCAAUAUUGAGGAGUCUCCGCCGUCAUGGGGCUCUAGAAGCGUCGAUUGCUUCGAGAAGCUCGAGCAGAUUGGCGAGGGCACUUACGGUCAAGUAUACAUGGCCCGUGAAAUCCAAACUGGGGAAAUUGUUGCUUUGAAAAAGAUACGCAUGGACAAUGAAAGAGAAGGGUUUCCUAUAACAGCCAUUCGGGAAAUUAAAAUUCUAAAGAAACUUCACCAUGAAAAUGUUAUUAAUCUGAAAGAGAUUGUGACUUCUCCAGGUCGUGACAAGGAUGAUCAAGGAAAGCCAGAUGGUAAUAAGUACAACGGGAGCAUCUACAUGGUUUUUGAGUACAUGGACCAUGAUUUGACUGGCCUUGCCGAUCGCCCUGGACUAAGAUUUACCGUACCCCAAAUUAAGUGUUAUAUGAAGCAGUUAUUGACUGGGCUCCAUUAUUGUCAUGUAAAUCAAGUGCUUCACCGAGAUAUUAAAGGUUCCAAUCUUUUGAUAGAUAAUGAAGGAAAUUUAAAGCUUGCUGAUUUUGGACUUGCACGGUCAUUUUCUCAUGAUCACAAUGGAAAUCUUACAAAUCGUGUCAUCACUUUGUGGUAUAGACCUCCUGAGUUGCUGCUUGGAGCCACUAGGUAUGGGCCAGCUGUUGACAUGUGGUCUGUUGGCUGUAUCUUUGCUGAGCUUCUGAAUGGGAAACCAAUCGUGCCUGGAAAAAAUGAGCCCGAGCAAUUGAAUAAGAUAUUUGAGCUCUGUGGAUCUCCUGAUGAGAUCAACUGGCCUGGUGUUUCAAAAAUGCCCUGGUAUAACAAUUUCAAGCCAUCAAGGCCCAUGAAGAGACGUGUCCGAGAGGUUUUCAGACAUUUUGACCGCCAUGCUCUAGAACUACUGGAGAAAAUGCUUGUGCUUGAUCCAUCGCAGAGAAUAUCAGCCAAGGAUGCACUUGAUGCUGAGUAUUUUUGGGCCGACCCCUUGCCUUGUGAUCCCAAGAGCUUGCCAAAAUAUGAGUCGUCGCAUGAGUUCCAGACAAAGAAAAAACGGCAGCAGCAGCGACAGAAUGAGGAAGCAGCAAAGAGACAGAAGUUGCAACACCCACAGCAACAUUCUCGCCUCCCCCCUAUUCAACAUUCUGGACAAGCGCAUCCGGCGCAUUGGCCAGGGCCUAAUCAUCCCAUGAACAAUGCACCACCUACUGUGUCUGCUGGGCCUAGUCACCACCAUUAUGGGAAGUCUCGUGGUCCUCCAGGAGGUCCAAACAGGUACCAUCAAGGUGGAAAUCAGAGUGGGGGAUACAACCCGAAUCGCGGUGGCCAAGUUGGAGGUUAUAGUAGUGGUCCAUAUCCACCACAAGGGCGAGGUCCACCAUAUCCUAGUAGCGGCAUGCCAGCUGGUCCGAGAGGGGCCAGUGGUAAUUAUGGAGUUGGCCCUCCAAAUUAUUCUCAAAGUGGUCAGUAUGGAGGCUCGGCAGGGAGAGGUCCGAACCCAAUGGCUGGUAAUCGAAAUCAACAAUCUGGUUGGCAGCAAUAAGCUUGGAAACAGAUACACUGACUACUAUAAUGAAGGAUAUCUUUCUUGACAUGGAUUUAUGUGGACACCAAAAAUACUGUUUCACCGCACGUACAUUUGAUUCCUAUCUAUCUGAAAGUAAUUGGUUAGUAUGUAUCAUCUGUCUAUGUCCCUAUUUCUUUGUGCAUACAGCGUAUUGCCUGGAAUUGGGUAUAAUUGUUUCUUGGCUUAAUAGUGUAAUAUCAUGGUGCAAGCAAGAGUCAAAUUUACAUGGAAAA